AUGCCGUUGUACAAAUGAUAUAGAUUAGACAGUCGUGCGUGUACUUAAAUAUUCCAACAAUUUUCAUAAAUUUUCUCCAUUGGAGCUUCACUUCUGCCCUGCACUCCUCUCUCUUUCUCUCCAUUGAAGUGCGAACUCUGAAUUCUCCAUUGAAGCAACUUCUAGCUUUCUCUUCUCUCCAUUGAAGCAGCUUCUGAGGACGAAACUAUGAAAUGGACCUUUCUUCGAAUUUCCCUCGAGCUAGUUCUGCUACCAACGGUGUAUAUGUUGUUCCUAGUCUUAAAUUACGGCGAAUAACCUCCACUACUACUACUCAUGUUCGUUUACUACGUGUGCAAAGACAUGUCCAAAGACAUGCUAUGUCUUUGAGUGUUCCUUGUAUCUCUAAGCUGAAUAGAAACUUGUUGCGAUCUUCUCAAAGGUUUCAAUAUGUAGAGGCUAUGUCUAUACAUCCAUUUUCACAAGAAGUACCAUUGUCAGAGUUAGACGAUGCGGAAGUUUCAACUCCAUUGAAUUAUAUCGAUAAUGAUGGGGAUGGUUUACCUUCCGAAAAGAAAACAUUUAAGAAUAGGUUUCUGAACUUUUUACGGUUUGGAUCAGUCAUCAAUGAAGCAGCUGAAUCGUUUUUCAAGAGUGAGAUUCGCCGUAGGUUGUUUGUUACUGCUGCUUUGUUAGUUAUUAGCCGUGUUGGAUAUUUUAUCCCUGUGCCUGGUUUUGAUAGACGACUGAUACCUCAAGCCUACCUGAGCUUUGUUUCCGGAGCUGCUGAUGAACUCGGUGAUUACGGUCCAGAACUUAAGAUGUCUCUUUUCCAGUUAGGAAUUAGCCCGCAGAUAGCAGCAUCUAUUCUUAUGCAGAUACUUUGUUAUGUUGUUCCUGCCUUGGUUAAGCUGCGCAAAGAAGGCUUAGAUGGCCAUGAGAAGAUCAAGGGUUAUAUAUGGUGGACCUCUCUUGGCUUUGCCAUAUUGGAAGCUGUGGUAGUUGCCUGUCAUUCACUUCAGUAUUCCAUCUAUGCUGCCAGUCAUAGGGUUAAGCAUGUGAUGAUAACAUCUCUCUUGCUGGUCUGCGGUGCUAUGACAAUGACAUGGAUAUGUGAUAAGAUUUCAGAAGCUGGUUUUGGUCAAGGAUCAUCUCUGGUUAUCUGUGUUGGAAUAUUGACCAGCUACACAAGUACACUAUACAAGAUGCUGUCUCAGUUUUCAGGAAGUGCUUUAAAUUGGUCACCUUAUGCACUUGCUUUACUAGGUAUAUUUAUGGCUGUGACCAUGUGGGCAGUUGUUGUGACUCAAGGCUGUAGGAAAGUUAAGCUGCAGUACUAUGGUUUCAAGCUUGCUUCCACAGCCAGAGAUGCAUCUCCUGUUACCGAGGUGGAGCCAUACAUUCCAUUCAAUAUAAAUCCAUCUGGAAUGCAGCCUGUUCUCACCACAGCAUAUCUCUUGGCAUUUCCUAGUAUACUUGCAAGCUUGCUCGGCUCACAAUUCUGGGAACAUGUAAAAGAGAUAUUGAACCCUGAAACAUCAAUUGGUGCAGCACCCUGGGUUUAUUACACAAUUUAUGCAUUCUUUGUCUUCGUUUUCAAUAUAUUUGAUAUUGCUAACAUGCCAAAGGAAAUUGCCGAGUACUUGAACAAGAUUGGUGCUAGGAUUCCAAACAUAAAACCAGGGAAGGCAACUGUUGAAUAUUUGACUAAGAUUCAAGCAUCAACACGUUUUUGGGGAGGCAUGUUGUUGAGUAUCUUAGCCACUGGCUCAAGUAUACUUGAUCAUCACUUGCGACGCAUCAAUGAGAGUUAUGCUAUUGGAUUUACAUCAGUUCUUAUCAUUGUGGGUUCUAUUAUUGAUCUGAGAAGGUCCUACCAGGCCUACAAUGUGAUGCCAACUUUGAGUAAAGUUCUAAGGCGGUAUGGCUUGUGAUCAUGUGUAUACUAUACAUAUUUCAGCAUAUAUAUCAACUAGCAUAGCAGCUAAUUAGGAUAAAUCAAUUUAUCUGGAUUCACCUCAAAUUGACCAGAAUUGUGAGCUCGCCUAAGACUAAAACUACAAGAUGAGCAACCACAGCGAAGCUGAAGUUUAAACAAAUCAGAAGCUACUAUGGAUGUCAAAGUGUCAUUGAGAUUGAAAAGGGACUUCAAGUUCGUCGUUUAAUAAGCCGGCUUGUGAUUCCAGGUUACUCCAUUUAGUUGAAUUUGCUGUAGUGGUUUGCGGAGGCAAGGUGUUGAUUCUUCUGAUCCAUUCAACUACGAAAUUUUGGUGCUAGUGAUUCAGCCAUACAGCAUCCAGCAUGUAAACUAAAUUAUACAGAGGAUGCUAUCAGCUACAUGCCAUCCUCUUAUGCAAUACCCCCUUUUGUCAGCUUGUAAAUCUCUGCUACAGUAGAGUUUCAUUGUAAAAUCGUAAUAGCUUCUCAUUGUAAAAUCGUAAUAGCUUCUGUUAUUUACAUGGUUGAAAACCUAAACCAGGAGCUUGGUAGCAACGACAUUUGUAUGAACUGAGUAUGUAAAGAUAGGUAUUGUAUCCCUUUAUCCAACUUCAUACCCAUUGCUGUAUCUCUCUAAUUAAAAGUUGGAAAUCAAGGUAAACCUUUUAUUUAUUUAAUUAUUUUUAUUUUAUUUUUA